AACCAAUAUUUUGCAAUCCAGGUGAACAACAGUCUAUACCUGACCAGCAUGUCACUCCAGGCUGUGAAUGUGUAUUCCACAAAUGUUGGAACUGACAAUCUCAGCAGGCAUGAUUAUUUGAGAUGGGUGAAUGAGUGCUUACAAACUGACUUGAAAAAGAUUGAGGAAAUAUGCACUGGAGCACUCUAUUGUCAGUUCAUGGAUAUGCUCUUCCCUGGAAGUGUGAAUCUGAAGAAAGUCAAGUUCAAAACCAACCUGGAGCAUGAAUACAUUCAGAACUUCAAGCUUCUACAGGCAUCAUUCAAGAAAUAUAAUGUGGACAAAGUUGUUCCUGUGGAUAAGUUGGUGAAAGGAAAAUUCCAGGACAAUUUUGAAUUUCUCCAAUGGUUCAAGAAGUUCUUUGAUGCCAAUCAUGAUGCCCAAGUUCACUAUGAUGCUCUGGAAGCCCGAGGAGGAGAAGAGGUUGGUGUUAAGUCUUCUGCUGUUGCUGCAACUGGAAAGCAAGCUGCCUCCCGCAUUGCUCAGUCACGCCCAUCAUACACUGGCAUAGCCAGCAGACCUCCUGUGAAGAAAGCACCUCCUGUGAAGAAGGAACCUAUCCCAGGGGCAAGGAAUACCAUGGAUGCCCAAUAUCAAGCUGAAGUUCAGUCAUUGAAUAUCCAACUGGCAGAAUUAAGGAUGACUGUGGAAGGGUUGGAGAAGGAAAGAAACUUCUACUUUGGCAAAUUGAGGGAUAUUGAAUUGCUUUGCCAACAGCAUGAAGAGGAAGAUAAUGAAGUUGUGAGACAGGUUUUUGCCAUCAUGUAUGCAACAGAAGAAGGUUUUGAAGUCCCUGCUGAUGAAGAUGCCAACGCCUUUUCACCGACUGGUGGUGCUCCUGAAGAGUAUUGAAGGAUUCUGUCAACAGUUUGAAAGUUCCACAUCCCAAUUGGGAUGACUCAAGAACUGAGAAAUCCUGCUUGAUCCAUGUCAUCUCCUCUCAUCCUUUUUCUGUCCUACUUUUCUUCUUUAUCUUCCCCUUGAAGUUCCUUCUUUUGUGAUACAAAUGGGAUGAAAUGGAAAAUCUCAAAUCGACUCUCCUGGCAUUCUGAUUUUCAGCUUUUGCGACUUUACUUCUCAUCUACAGCCUGCACUUAGUGGGUUUUAAAAAACUGUGCAUUCUACAUUGGAUGCCAUUGCUUUUUUAAUUGAAUAAAUUCUAGGCUGAAAGUUUAA